AUGGCCCUGCGAGUCGGCCGUCUCGGUCGCCUCCGCUCUUCCUCCAGAGGCCUGAAUACGGAUGAGCAGGCCACCGACACUGCUGCUCUUAUCCGGCUCCUCUUUUGCCACUCUGCUACUUCUGACGCCGACGAGCUCAGACGCCUAUCAGAGAAUGCGGAGAAAUUGCGGCUCCAUCUGGGUUCCCAUACCGCUUCCAAGGACACCUUCCGACAUGGCGGCGCCUUCGAGAGGAUCCUCGACCUUCUCACCACCCUCACGUCUCGCCAGGAUCUCGCACAUGACGAUGCUUCCUUUGCCUCUUCCACUCACAUGAUCAGCCGUCUCCUGGCGCUGCUUUCUGAGGCUCUCCGUCAUCACCGCGGCAAUGAGAGGUACUUCAGGAACCACCUCGAUGGAUGGUCUUCACUACACAGAGCUUCGGGAGCCCUCCAGGAGCACAUCUCUCGCAAUCCAAAGCGGGAAGCUGUGGCACAACAUGUCGCCGUUUUGUACGAUGUCUUCCUCGCCUUUGCUCUUGGCUUGGAUGAGUGUAGGUACUUCCAUGGGCUACUUCAGAACGAGCAGUCAGGCAAUGCGGCCGACGGCGUGCAGAAAGCUCCUGUACUGAGAAACGCUACCAUCAGACAUCCAGAGAUAUGCGCGGAUGUCAUUGGACUAGCGUUGCAGUUCGCUCCUGAGUCAGCUACCGCUGAAAACGAGUCUCUACUCUUUUUGUCCAGCCGAGUAUUCAAUGCUUUCACGGACCUGGUGAAGGCAAACAUUCGCAACAAUGUGGCUUUGCGGCAAACGAGUGCUCUCUCGGGCAUACUCCGCAGCGCUUUAGACACCACAGCGCCAGAGACGUGGAAUACCGAGUUGCAAAGGCUUGGUCUCUGUCUGGCAGAACAUGGCUUGAAUGACAUCGAAGAUGCCGCGUUUCUUUUCAAGCGCGCCACGAAGUCUGGGCCAGCUCGCGAGGUUUUACUGUCACUACUCCAAUCUUCGAAAGAGCCCUCAUUGAUCCAGUUCGACCUUCAGCCUCACGGCUUCUCCUCCAUCGAGAUCAUGAGGCUACCGGGGUUGUUUCCUCCGUCUGUUGGUUAUACAUUCGCGGCGUGGAUGCGUAUAGACGAGUACGAUGCAAAGGCGCACACGACGCUGUUCGGCGCGUACGAUGCAAACCAUACAUGCUUCCUCCUCAUGUACCUCGAGAAGGAUAGCCAUCAACUUAUUCUUCAGACAUCUGUCAGGGCUCCAAAUCCGAGCGUUCGAUUCAAGACGACCAGUUUCGAGGCCGGAAAAUGGUAUCAUGUCGCGGUAACCCAACGCAAGAACCCGUCCGACCCCAGCCAGAGUGUCGCGUCUCUUCUCGUAGACGGUAUCUUUGCAGAGCAAAGAAGAUGCAACUAUCUCGACAUGCCAGAGGAACAGCCGUUGGCUGGGAAUUCUCACCCGAACGCGCAGGGCCAGCGUCAUCUGAUGCCGGUGCAAGCCUUCCUUGGAACACCUCGCAGCGUCGCUUUGAAGCCUGUGCCCAACUACAGCACCUCCAGAUGGUCGCUUGGCUCUGCUCACUUGUUCUCGGUUCCAGUAUCUGAUGAUUUUGUUACUGUACAUUACCGGCUUGGGCUUCGCUAUCGCGGGAACUUGCAGGACUGUCUAGGUCCGUUGCUCACCUACAGAUCUUCUGCUGAGCUCAACAAAUACAAUGAGACACUACAUCCGGAUAAGUCCGACAGAUCUGACAUACUCGCAGCAACAGAGGGUCGAGGAAGCGAAGUUGUGGCCGAAUCGCGCAUACUCCUUAGCAUCAGUCCUGCCGCGGUGGUUGACUUGGAUGCCUGUUUUGGCAGGUCUGGAGGGGUCGAAUACGAGCUAGGCAGCAAAGCUCUUUCGAGGUUCCUCAAGCUUGCCCAGACGACGCGAGCGGUAGCAGUCAAUACCGCCGCUGGCUCUCUGAAUGAUGCUAUCAGUCAUUCCUACGGAGCUGGCGUCUUCACGGGCGAUCCUCUUGUGCUUCUUCAGCAGCCCCUGGAUGAAGCAAGUUGGUGUCUUGCAGGGUCACUUCCGGUUCUCGUUCGACUCUUGGAAUCUGCCAAUACAAAGACAGCUUUCUUACAAGCGACCAAGAUCUUCAUCAGUUGUGUCAAAGACAAUUGGCGCACGAGCGAGGCCAUGGAGAAAGGGCAUGGGUUCGGCGUUCUGGCCAUGAUUAUUCGGGAAAAGCUUGGAUUCGACGUUGGCUCCUCUCACCCUUCUACCAGACGAUCAUCCGCAAUGUUGAAUCUGGAAGAUCGACAAAGUCUGCCCAAAGAGCUGCUGGAGCUGAUCUUGGAGUUUGUUGGCUACGACAUGGAUCGGCCUGAAGAGUCACUGUUGGUGAACCCAAUGGCAUAUCGAGUACUCCUGAUAGACUUUGAUACGUGGCGUCGCUCUGAUGUUGAAACACAAAGGCUAUACUAUGCCCAAUUCAGCCAUCUGGUAGCUGGGAAUAAGAACUCGUCCUUCAAUCAGAAGCGAUUGACGAGAAUGAGAAUCGUCAAGAAGCUAAUAGAUGCAUUGAAAUCUGAAGAGAUGGGCGCGGAAGCUGCCAAUCUCAUGAUGGGCGCUCUCAAGGCACUCCUCGACACAAACAGUGCCCAGACAUUUUACCGAGACCUCGCCAUGUUUGUUGCAUACGGCCUACACGACGGCAGAGCUAUGCCAACUACUUCGGUCCGGAACAUGGCAAGCACAGUCAGUCUGCGUCAGAAGAUCGGCUCAUGGGCGAGAGGAGCACGCGGCUCUCGACCCAACACACCUGUAGGAACCCAAGGGCAGCAGGCAGAACCUUGUAUUUCACGAUUCGAGUUGGCAGUCCUCGUCUUGAGAGUGUUGGCGGAAGCGCUGACUAACGAUCACUCCACCACCGCUAUCCGACGAUUCAACAAGGCAGUCAACCAGAGGUGGCUACUGCACCUACUCGCAGAGAAUGACAGUCGAGUCGUCGAGUUCACACUCUCCAUCUUGUGCAAAGCACUCGCGACUCUUGGAGCAGAGUUUAAGACUCCCUUUGUUGAGAAACACGGAGGCUUCAUCACCCUCAAAUCACGAUUGAAGCCAUUCUCUCGGUCAAAGUCGGUGUGGACACUAUGCUUCGCCAUCUUUUUCGGCCGCAAUGUUCCAGUGGCGUCAUUAGUGAAGGACUUUUCGGCUUUCAAUCUGGUCGAGAUGCUUGUCGUCAAUGAAACGCUUGCGGUCAAUAAUCCGGAGAUGCUGCCAACUUUGUUUGGGAUGCUCGAGUCCGGUGUGCGUAAGGUCGCAAAAGAUGAUGAGCGGAAUGGCGAAGACAAUGCCGUUCUCGAAAAUGUGAUACAGUUUCUGGGCGAGAUUUACAGGCGCAGCAGUGCAUUCCGCGACUUCGCAGUCAAUUCUCGCUACUUGCAAGAAUUGCUCUUCAUGCUCUUCCCGCUCUUGACAGGAUGUGACAGAGUCUCUCCGGACACAGAGCUACAGUCAGAAGCGUUGUCAUUCAAAGGCGAGGAAGUAAAGAUGCGUCCCCAUUCGAACUCUUUGGGUGAACGACCGCCGUCUGUGCGCAGCCUGACAGUGGAAGGCGACAAGCGCACACCAUCCCCGAUGGCGCCGAACAGAUUGCAAGGACCGCGACGGAUAUCAUCCUUCGUCUUGGUGAAUGACAAUGGCGAACGCUCCAAAGCACCGCCUGCGCAAUUUAAUGCUCCGAUGGCACCCAAGGCUACCGAGCCCGUCAAGAUCAACGUAACGAAUUCCCUUGUAGAAAGUUUGCUCGAGCUCGCGGUGACACUCUUCAUCGACCAGACAUGCUACAGGGACAAAUUCAGUGGCAUUGGGGUUUUCCUGAAGGUGCCUCCAGGGUUCAGGGAGCACCAAGCAUACUUCGAAUCCUAUGUGCUCGUCAAUGCCUUGUCCCAGCUCGGGAGCCACCUUCGUCUAAACCAGCAGCUGCUAGUAGAAACACGAGUCCUUACAAACCUCGCGCGGUACGCUCAGCACAUGGCCGAGGCGGUCUCAGAAGGCUGGUUCAUUGAUGGCGCACAGCCCCUGCUAGAUUUCACAGGCGAGAUCCUGGAACAUCUGCAGCAACCCUCUAUUGCUUCUGUCAAGUCUGUAAGACUUUGCAGUCAGUCAACGAACUCCAUCCGCGUUGUAUUUCUCAAAGCUACACUCUGGCGACUGGCUGCGUUGGAUGAAGAUGCGGACGAGAAAGAUGUUGGCAAUUUCCUGCUCAAGAUGACCUACUGGCAAACAAUCCUGUUUUCUGCCGAAAACCAAGAGACUUUAUUUACGAAACUGAUAUGUUUUUUGCUCUACCACAAGCUGGUAUCUGGGGUGAAGUCUGUUAGGCUUGCUGCAGCGCAGCUGUGGCGGAUCGUACUUGUGCAGAAACCUACCGAGACUGCCACAAUGCUCACCAACACGAUGGGACCCGAUCAGCGGCAUCUAUCGACAGGUUUCAUGAAACUGGUCUCCAUGGACGACGAUGAUUUCCUGGCUUGGGUGGAUCAAAACCGAGAUACCCUGGAUACAGUUUUCAAUAAUUCGCUUAGCAAGCCUUGGGAUGACUUCGUCCAGAACGAGAAUAAAAGCUCCGAUGAAACGGCCAAGAACAGGCUUAGCAAGCGAAGAGACAAGUUGCGACAGUGGCAUGCAGAAGAGUUGACCGCGGAUGACUUCAUGAACAGGUACGAAGUCUCGACCAGUCAUUGGAGAGCGAAUGUCCAUGCCCAAGAGCGCCUCAAAUUACAAAGAGCGGUGCAGGAUCACCAGGAGAACAUCAAUCACCUGUACACGGCCUUUUCGAAGAUUGAAAAACUCCUUCAUGAGCCGUGUGGUCUCGAGCCUUCAAGCGGUCCUCCCAGGUGGCAUUUGGAUGAGACAGAAGCUGCCAACAGAAUGCGCAUGCGUAUUGUUCCCGACUCAAGCGGCCUGAAAGAGAGCUUUCAACCGAAGAGAAAGGCAUCGCGCAGUGUCUCUGGAAACAAUGAGCUAGCACUGAACGCUCAGAUUCCUCGUGUCGUGUCCGAUGGCAUGGCUUGCCCACUACCGUCGACGCCCGGCACGUCCACGCCUGCUGCCACCGAUGGCGCCCACGAAAACGACGAGAACAAGCGAGCCCGGAGUGACUCCGUCUCGGGCUCACAGCUGCUUGAAGGUGCCUUCGAGAUGGUUGAUGAUCCAAAAGAAGACGAGGACGGCAUGAUUGAGGACAAGAACCGAAAGGUACUGACGAGCCUCCAACGAGGCGAUAUGGUCCAGCAGCUGUACAACACAUCUCGUAUCGUCGGACUUGAAGCCUGUGAAGGGCUUUUGGUAGUCGGCCAAAAAUGCAUCUACAUGCAGGACAAUUUCUUCCAGCGGUCAGAUGGCGAGAUUGUGAGCGUUGCGCAGGCGCCGGAAGAUGAGCGCGAUCCUUACGUCCAGCUAAUAUCAGGAAAGGACCUGGGUACUGCCAGAACAAAGCACAGUAUUGGAGACCAGGAGACGAGACACUGGACCUGGCAAGAAGUCCUAAGUGUUUCCAAACGUAGAUUCCUCCUUCGGGACGUCUCUAUCGAGGUCUUCUUCACGGAUGGCCGGAGCUAUCUACUCACUUGCAUGUCAUCAAAGAUAAGGGACGAUCUAUACAGUGCUAUCGUACAACGAGCACCGCAUGUUCACGGCAAUGUUGGCGUAGCCAGUGAGGAUGCAUGGCGGCUAGAUACGUUACGCAACCCGGAAGAAGCGCCAAAGAACAUUGGGGCCAAGUUCGGCAACCUGUUCAAUCAAGGUCCGUCGAACACUGCUACCAAGAAAUGGCAGCGUGGAGAGAUGUCCAACUUCCAGUACUUGAUGCUCAUCAACACCAUGGCCGGGCGGACAUUUAACGACCUGACCCAGUAUCCUGUGUUCCCUUGGGUACUCGCAGACUAUAGCAGCGAAGAACUGGACCUUGACGAUCCAAAGUCUUUCAGAGACUUUUCAAGACCAAUGGGGUGCCAGACACCUGCCAGAGAGGCCGAAUACAAGGACCGGUACAAGCAGUUCGCAGAGAUGGGGGACGGCAACGCCCCGCCGUUCCAUUAUGGUACACACUAUUCGUCCGCGAUGAUCGUCACCUCGUACCUUAUCCGGCUACAACCCUUUGUGCAGUCUUAUCUACUGCUUCAAGGUGGAGCAUUUGAUCAUGCGGAUCGACUGUUCGAUUCUAUCGAGAAGGCGUGGCUCUCGGCAUCAAGAGACACGAUGAGUGAUGUCAGAGAGUUGACACCCGAAUUCUUCUAUCUGCCUGAAUUCUUGACCAACAUUAACAAGUAUGACUUCGGCACGAAGCAGGUCACUGGCGAGGCUGUUAACGAUGUGCAUCUGCCGAAAUGGGCCAAAGGUGAUCCACACAUCUUCAUUGCCAAGCAUCGGGAGGCCUUGGAAAGCAAGUACGUCAGUGAGCGGCUGCAUGAUUGGAUUGACCUUGUGUUUGGCUUCAAACAACGGGGUGAGAUGGCAGUCGAAGCCACCAACGUGUUUCAGCAUUUGUCGUAUGGCGGUGCCAAGGAUCUGGACAAGAUCGAUGACCAAGUCGAACGUUUGGCCACAAUUGGCAUCAUUCACUCGUUUGGACAGACGCCACAUCAAGUCUUCCUGAAGCCGCAUGUCUACAGAGAACAGCAAGCCGAGCAGAAGCUGGACACUCUGGUGGAAACGCUUACAAGGCUUCCUGACACGGCGAUCCAUAUCGGAGAGAAAGUCACGGACUUCACAUACUCGCCCACUAAGAAUCAGCUACUGGCGAGUGGACCUGGCAAACUCAACGUUCUUCCUGACUGCGAUCGUUACAUGCAAUGGGGCUUCCCAGAUCACAGUAUCCGCUUCUUCUCAAAGCACACCAAGCGCCUUCUUGGUCUGUACGAGAACACUCAUAUUGGACCUGUCUCGACGGCCACUUUCGUGGACAGCAAGACACUAGUCACUGCCGGGCAGGACUGCACUAUAGGCGUAUGGAAAGUCAUUACCUCCCGCGACUCGAUCGAAAUACAGCCUAAGACGUACCUCUUCGGUCAUCGGACCGCUGUGACUGUCCUUGCUGCUAGUCGGGUCUUCAGCACGCUUGUUUCUGCUUCUGCGGAUGGCCAGGUCCUGAUAUGGGGACUGAACAGGCAGAACUGCACUCGCGUCUUGCUUCCGCCUGGUGGUGAGCCUAUCCAAGCUGCCAGGAUCAGCAAUGUUUCUGGCCACAUCUUGCUCUGUCGCGGGAAGGACCUACUAUUGUACACCCUGAACGGCCAUCUACUCGUCUCCCAACGACUGGACGAUGAAAUUCUCUGCACGGCUUUCUACGAAGGCUCCGGUGGCAACGAGUACCUUGAACGAGAACUUGUCUUUACGGGGCACGCUGGCGGCGUUGUGAAUGUCUUCAGCCUUGUCAUCUUGCGCGAUGGGAAGUGGGAAUUGGUUCUGGUGAAGAAGUUGGUGAAUCUGCAUUCUUCUGGGACGAGGAGUGCGUGUAGUAUCACGGGUAUCUUGCCUAUGAGUAAGGGUGUCUAUACGGGUGAUGAAGAGGGUGGGGUUUGGAGUUGGGAGUGUGUUGUUAGGGGUGGUGGGAAGAGAUGA